ACAUUCCUAAAAUUCAAUAUAUCUUGUUUUUUUAUAUACAAAGAUUGUUUAUUUUGUUAGUCUAGAUAUCACAUGUGGACAAAACACAAUUAAUGAUUUCUUCAUACUUCAUGGACUUUCUUAUGCAUGACACAUGACAAAUUAUAUUUCUAUAUUUCUAUCACAUACCGUCUCAUAAUGCGGACAAAGAAUACUCACGAGCAAAACAGAGCUCUGAUUCACGGGAGAAUCUUCAACACAAUCAUCCAACACAGUGACACUAUAACCUCUCUCAUGUUUCCAAGUUCAUAUAGAUUAAGGUAUCAAACCUCAAAACUCAAUGUUCUUUACACCCGUAGCUAGAAACCAUGAACUCCCAUUUCUUCUUCUGUUUCUUUGUUUUUCUCACUUUCACCACCAAAACUCUCUCAAUGUUCUCAACCAGUCCCCAAUCUCCUUCUUCAGCCACUCAAUUAUACGACAAAUAUUUAACCCAGCAGAAAAAACCAAACAACGACACCAUAUACAAAGUUUCAAAGCAACUCUGUUGGGGCUGCAUGGCAGAGUCAGUAGAGUUCUUGUUCAGACACAACAUAGUAAGAUCAUACAAAUGGGAGCUUCCACUGACAUGGGAUUUCCAGCUCGAGCAAUACGCGAGAUGGUGGGCUAGUCAAAGAAAACCAGACUGCAAAGUGGAGCAUUCAUUUCCUGAAAACGGUUUCAAGUUAGGAGAGAAUAUAUAUUGGGGUAGUGGCUCUGAUUGGACUCCAUCUGAUGCUGUAAAAGCUUGGGCGGAUGAAGAGAAAUAUUACACGUAUGUUACUAAUUCAUGUGUGUCUGGUCAAAUGUGUGGACAUUAUACUCAGAUUGUGUGGAAAAGUACUAGAAGGAUUGGUUGUGCUAGAGUUGUGUGUGAUGAUGGUGAUGUGUUCAUGACUUGUAACUAUGAUCCUGUUGGUAAUUAUGAUGGAGAGAGACCAUAUUAAUUUGAUUAAUAUAUAAAUAUGUAUAUUGGUUAUUAAUAUGAUUAUGUUAGCAAUAUGAGUAUAUAUGUUGAUAUAGUUUGUUGGUAUGAUAUUGAAUAGGCUUUCAUAUUUGAUUA